CAUAUAGAAGAAAAUGUCUGGACGUGGAAAGACCGGCGGCAAAGCCAGAGCUAAGGCCAAGACCCGCUCAUCCCGUGCGGGGCUCCAGUUCCCAGUGGGCCGUGUUCACAGGCUGCUGAGGAAAGGAAACUACGCCGAGCGCGUCGGCGCCGGAGCUCCAGUCUAUCUGGCGGCGGUGCUCGAGUAUCUGACCGCUGAGAUCCUGGAGCUGGCUGGAAACGCUGCCCGCGAUAACAAGAAGACCAGGAUCAUCCCCCGUCACCUGCAGCUGGCCGUCCGCAACGACGAGGAGCUCAACAAGCUGCUGGGUGGAGUCACCAUCGCUCAGGGUGGUGUUCUCCCCAACAUCCAGGCUGUCCUGCUGCCCAAGAAAACCGAGAAAGCAGCCAAGGCCAAGUAAACCGUUACAGCUUCAAAACUACAAACCCAACGGCUCUUUUAAGAGCCACCCACAUCUAUCUCAAAAGCAAACUCCUCACUUGUAUCUACAGGCCAAAACAUAUGCAUAUGAUUUAUGCUACAAAAUUACAAAUUGUUUGUUUUCGCCAACAUUAGAAGGAUGCUAUGAAGUUUUUCUUCUUCUUUUUGGUAGUGAGACAUGUAGUACUAAAUAUCUCCUGAAAAUUUGAACUAUUCCCAAAAUAUCCUGAAAUCAAAUGUUGUAAAACACUGAAUAUACAAGUAUAACUUUCUGAAUUUUGUCAAAAUUUCAUAGCAAUGCUUUGUCUAAAAUCCACCAGGUUGGGUUAAUGGAACGCUUCUCAAGCUAAUGUGAUAGAACCCAAGUAAACCAAAUAUGUAAAAUCCAUUAAUUGGACUAGAGAGUAUCAAAAUAAUUUUUAGAUUGCAAAUACGGCCCGAAGAGAUUUAACAUUAUACAACAUGAGAUGGC